AUGGCUGAAACCACUGGAACGGCCCGCCAAGCCUCUCCCGCUGCCGAAUCGGAGGUAACUCCACCCGCUACAACCGCUAUACUCGACCCGCAACACUGGGCGCAAAUUGGGGAGGAUGCGGAUGAUGCUGAUGAUGCGGAUUCUGACUCGACUCUGGAGCCCGACAAUGCUUCUUCCACGGCGUCGAUCACUUCCAGUAUCCUUGAGUAUAGAACGAUCCAGGGCCGGACUUAUCACAGCGAGCAGGGAAAUGCUCAAUAUUGGGGAUCCAACGAUGAUAAACAGAAUGAUUUGAUGGAUUUAACUCAUCAUAUUCUCACUCUUGGACUCGGCGACAAGCUGCAUUUAGCCCCAUUAGAGGAGGACAAAAUACAGCAAGUUAUCGAUAUCGGAACGGGUACAGGCAUUUGGGCUAUCGACUUUGCAGACAAGUAUCCUGGCGCGGAGAUCAUCGGAACAGAUCUAUCACCAAUCCAACCUUCUUGGAUUCCACCCAAUCUGCGAUUCGAAAUUGAAGAUUGCACUCGUGAAUGGACUUUCAAAUCCAGCUUUGCCGAUUACAUACACGCAAGAUGGUUAUUCGGCAGUAUUAAGAGUUGGGAUGACUUCUUUGCUGAAGCCUUUCGAGUGUGUAAGCCUGGAGGCUGGGUUGAAAGUCACGAAGCUGCCUCUAGUAUUUCCAGCGACGACAACACCGUAGAUCCUGGCUCGGCUAUGGGACACUGGGGCAAGUUCUUCCUCGAGGGUAGCAAGAAGAUAGGAACGAGCUUUACUGUCGUUGAGGACGGUACCCAGCGUAAGGCAAUGGAAGCCGCUGGGUUCGUUAACAUCCAGGAAUUUGAGUUUAGAAACCCGAUUGGCGCUUGGCCGAAAGACCCUAUUGAGAAAAGAAUGGGUUCCUACACCCAGUAUGGUCUUGAGACCGACAGCGAGGGAUUCAUCCUAUUCAUGGCACAUGCUCUUGGCUGGAAGAGAGAAGAGAUUCUCGUCUAUAUCGCUCAAUUCCGUCGCGAGAUCCGGUCUGGAAAGCAUCAUGGAUAUUUUGCCCAGAAGGUUGUUUGGGGUCAAAAGCCCGAGACUACGACCACCUAA